AUGGUUUCGCAGUCGGACCUUACGUCAGCAAACUACUAUUUCGACAGUUACUCGCAUUUCGGCAUCCAUGAGGAGAUGCUCAAGGACAGUGUCCGCACGCGGACCUACAUGAGCGCCAUCAUGAACAACGCCUUCCUGUUCAAGGACAAGAUCGUUCUGGACAUAGGAUGUGGCACCGGCAUUCUGUCCCUAUUCAGCGCAAAGGCCGGCGCUAAACAUGUGUACGGCAUCGAAUGCAGUACAAUCGCUGAGCAGGCCAAGCAAAUCGUCAAAGAUAACAACUACGAGGACCGCGUGACCAUCAUCAAGGGCAAGGUAGAGGAGGUGACGCUGCCGGUGGAGAAGGUCGACAUCAUUGUGAGCGAAUGGAUGGGCUACUUUUUGUUCUACGAGUCCAUGUUGGACACCGUGUUAUACGCGCGGGACAAGUGGCUGGCUCCCGACGGCAUCAUCAUGCCUGAUAAGGCCACCCUGAGUUUGUGCGCCAUCGAGGAUGGCGAGUACAAGCACGACAAGAUUGAGUUUUGGGACAACGUGUACGGCUUCAACAUGAGCUGUAUUCGCCAGUUGGCGAUUGCCGAGCCUCUGGUAGACAUCGUGGAGCCUGACCAGAUUGCCACCACCACCGUGACGGUGGUCAGUGUGGACAUCUCGACCAUGAAGAAGGAGGACGCCAGCUUCUCGGUGCCCUUCUCCCUCACCCUCAACCGCAACGACUACGUGCACGCGCUGGUGGCCUUCUUCGACGUGGCCUUCACGCGGGGGCACAAGCAGCUCGGCUUCUCCACCUCGCCACGCAACCGUGCCACCCACUGGAAGCAGACCGUGUUUUACCUGGAGGACACGCUGAUCGCCUGCAAGGACGAGACCAUCAAGGGCUCCCUCCACUGCAAACCCAACGCCAAGAACCCGCGCGACCUGGACAUCACCAUCGACUACGAGUUCAAGGGCGAGCGAGGGCAAGCCAAGAACACGCAGAAUUAUCGCAUGAGGUAA